AUGGAGCUCGCGCUGGUAACGCUGGAGAACGGCGGCGCCACGGCCAUCGGCGGCGAGGCGGGCGGGCGGGCGCCGCGGCGCAGGGGCGACCUGCUGCAGCUGCCCACCUCGGCCGCCUGGCUGAGCGAGUGCGGCGGCAAGGAGGGCUGCCCGCAGGUGGCGGCCGAGCGGGCGGAGCAGGGCGCGGCGGCGGCCGGAGGCCCCUCCGCGCCGUCGCGCGGCCUCGCCUUGCGCCCGCCGCCGCCGCCGCCCGAGGAGGCGACGCUGGCGCCCGAGGAGGGCCACCACCGGCUGGGCAUGGCCAUGGCGCGGGGCCCCUCGGCGGCCGGCGGGCCCUCGUCGUCGUCCUCGGAGGAGGAGGAGGGCGCGGGCGGCGGCGUCGGGGGGCCCCUGCCCAGCCAGCAGCGCGUCCUCAUCAACAUCUCCGGGCUGCGCUUCGAGACGCAGCUGGGCACCCUCAACCAGUUCCCGGACACGCUGCUGGGCGACCCCCAGAAGCGCAUGCGCUACUUCGACCCGCUGCGCAACGAGUACUUCUUCGACCGCAACCGGCCCAGCUUCGACGGCAUCCUCUACUUCUACCAGUCCGGCGGCAAGCUGCGCCGCCCGGUCAACGUCUCCAUCGACGUCUUCGCCGACGAGAUCCGCUUCUACCAGCUGGGCGAGGAGGCCAUGGAGCGCUUCCGCGAGGACGAGGGCUUCAUCAAGGAGGAGGAGAAGCCCCUGCCGGCCAACGAGUUCCAGCGCCAGGUCUGGCUCAUCUUCGAGUACCCGGAGAGCUCCAGCUCGGCGCGGGGCAUCGCCAUCGUCUCCGUCCUGGUCAUCCUCAUCUCCAUCAUCACCUUCUGCCUGGAGACCCUGCCCGAGUUCCGCGACGAGCGGGAACUCCACGUGCCCCUGCUCUCGCCCCUCAAUGCUACGGCCGGAGAGGCCUCCUCGCAGCAGCCCCAGCAGCCCCCCAGCACCCUGACCGACCCCUUCUUCAUCAUCGAGACCACCUGCGUCAUCUGGUUUACCUUCGAGCUGCUGGUGCGCUUCUUCGCCUGCCCCAGCAAGCCCGAGUUCUCCAGGAAUAUCAUGAACAUCAUCGACAUCGUGGCCAUCAUCCCGUACUUCAUCACCUUGGGCACCGAGCUGGCUCAGGAGCAGCAGAAGAAGGAGCAGCCCGGCAGCACCGGCAACGGGGGCCAGCAGCAGGCCAUGUCCUUGGCCAUCCUCCGGGUCAUCCGCCUGGUCAGGGUCUUCCGCAUCUUCAAGCUCUCCAGGCACUCCAAGGGGCUGCAGAUUCUGGGGCAGACGUUGAAAGCGAGCAUGAGGGAACUGGGGCUCCUCAUCUUCUUCCUCUUCAUCGGGGUGAUCCUCUUCUCCAGCGCUGUGUAUUUUGCCGAGGCUGAUGACCCCGACUCACAUUUCUCCAGCAUCCCCGAUGCCUUCUGGUGGGCAGUGGUCACCAUGACGACAGUGGGCUAUGGAGAUAUGAGGCCUGUCACAGUAGGGGGCAAGAUUGUGGGCUCCUUGUGUGCCAUUGCGGGCGUGCUCACCAUUGCCCUGCCGGUCCCUGUUAUCGUGUCCAACUUCAACUACUUCUACCAUCGAGAAACGGACCACGAAGAGCAGGCCAUCCUCAAGGAUGAACCCAGCAGUGCUCAAGGCAGCUCGGCUGGGGACUUGAAGAGACGCAUGAGCAAAAACUCUUUGGACAAAUCUGUUGUGCACUUGGAAAACAUUGAAGGGGUCAACAGUGGGACUGGAUCAGUAGAGAAGGCCAAUAUUAAAGCUAAAAGCAGUGUAGAUCUCAAAAAAUCUCUCUAUGCACUCUGUCUAGACACCAAUAGGGAAACAGACUUAUAG